UCGAAAGGUAUCAUUCACUUGUGAUCAUCUCACCCCGUUAGUUAGCUGGUCUGAAAAUCACUGGAGCGCAGUUCAUUCAACGGUUGCAUCGAAGAUGAAGGCGUUCGUAGUGCUGUCAGUGGCUUUGGUCAUUGCAUCCUGUGCGGCAGGCGAUGAGUCCUCGAAGAAGCAAAAGCGUGGCCUUUGGGAGCUGGGGAAUGAUUUCAUCGGAUUCGAAUAUGGCCACCAUCAUGAUCACCAUGAGAUCCAACAUCUGACCAAAACGAUCACCAAGAAGGUUCCAGUUCCAUAUCCAGUUGAGGUUGAGAAACACGUACCAGUCCAUGUGGACCGACCAGUGCCGUACCCAGUGAAGGUUCCAGUUCAUGUUGAUCGUCCAGUUCCCUAUCCAGUGGAGGUCGUGAAGAAGGUUCCAGUUCACAUUGACCGACCAGUGUACGUUGAGAAGAAAGUGCACGUCGAUCGCCCGUACCCAGUUGAAGUAAAGGUUCCGUACCCACUAGAGAAGAAGGUUUACAUCGAAAAGAAGGUUCCAGUCCAUGUCGAUCGUCCAGUCCCUUAUCCAGUGUAUGUUGAGAAGAAGGUUCAUGUCGAUCGUCCGUACCCAGUCGAAGUGAAGGUUCCUUAUCCAGUUGAAAAAAAGGUUUACAUCGAAAAGAAGGUUCCAGUGCAUGUCGAUCGCCCAGUUCCAUAUCCAGUUGAGGUCAAAGUUCCGUACCCAGUGCAUGUCGAGAAGAAGGUACCUGUUCACGUCGAUCGACCAGUGUAUGUUGAAAAGAAAGUCCAUGUUGAUCGUCCAUACCCAGUCGAAGUGAAAGUACCAUACCCAAUCCACGUUGAUCGUCCAUACCCGGUGGAAGUCGAGAAGAAGGUUCCAGUGCACGUUGAUCGUCCCGUUCCAUACCCAGUCGAGGUUGAGAAACACGUUCCAGUCCAUGUCGAUCGUCCAGUUCCUUACCCGGUAGAAAAGAAGGUUCCAGUUUACGUUGAAAACCGAGUGCCGGUCCACGUUGACCGUCCAGUCCCGUACCCAGUCGAGGUCGAGAAGCGUGUCCCCGUUCAUGUGAACCGCCCGGUUCCAUACCCAGUGAAGGUUCCCGUACAUGUGGAUCGUCCAGUGCACGUUCCGUACCCAGUUGAGGUCGAGAAACACGUACCAGUCCAUGCUGAUCGUCCAGUUCCCUAUCCAGUUUUGCAGAAGGAAUACGUCGAAGUGCCGAAACCGUACGCAGUUCAUGUUGAGAAGCACGCUCCAGUGUACUCCAACGAGCACCAGAAGCAUUGGUGAUUGAUUGAUCGCUAGUUGAUUGUUGAAUUAGUUGAAUAAAAUUUAUUGAAAUAAA